GUCGACGCCAACUAGUUGGAGAAUCUGCCGUGCGAUCCCGGAACCAUGGCCACGAAGCGAAUCUACCACGGCGUCGACAUCAACGUGCUCGAAGGCUGGCUCGUCAAAUACAACAGCAAGGAAAAAUUCUUUGGGUCGUCGAGCAACAAGCGCUGGUUCAAGGUCGACGUCGCCAACCCCGACGACGACGUCUCGAUGCACCGUCUCAUUUUGAGCUACUUCAAGGCCAAAAAGGCCAAGGAGGUGCGUGGCUGGAUCUACCUCGAAGACGUCACCAAGAUCAACGUCAAGCCCAACUUGAUUGAGAUUGCGUCGCCGUCGCGCACACUGCGGGUCAAGGGCGAGACGGCGGCCGAGCACAAACUUUGGGCCGAGAGCCUCCAAGCGCUGCGAUUCCCGCCGCCGCUCGUAUUGCCCAAGUCCACCGCGAUCGUACCUUCGUCGCUCAUGGCCACGUUUGGCGUCGACGAGGGCAGCAAGGAGCCGGCCGCCGCCGCCAAGGCGCACCGAGAAGCCAAGGGCGAGACGGACGCCAAGGCCGAGCGCAAGGCCGUCGCAGAACCACUCGUGGACCGGGAGCGCAAGAGCUACGUCGCCGACGUCAAGCCGAGUGAGCGAUCGCUGCCGCCCCCCAGCGCUGACUCGGAGAGCAGCGAAGGCGAGGACGAGGCAGAUGCCAAGGACGUUGCGGUGCCGCCGGCGCGAUCCACUGUCGAAGUCAAAUGCACGAGUGAGCCGCGCGUGGGCCCCAAGGCGCACUUGACCGCGACGGAGCCGCUGCAGUUUUCAGACUCGGAGGACGAAAACGAAGAGGCCGACGACGAGCAUCCGCCAGCCAAGCGGUCGCUUCAACAUGACGUUGACGAGCCCGCGCCGUCUCCCAAAGUGGACGCGUCCAACGACAGUGACAACGAUGACGACGACGAUGACCGGUUCCAUGACGUCGCGGCGCCGGAGCGCCACCUCUCGACGGAUAUGGAGGCGCUCAAUAAUGCGCCGACGGCAAGGAGCGAAGCCGACAGCGACGAUGACGACAGCGUCGUCACUAUGACCCCCAAGCGUCAUAACGACGAUUCAGUGCACGACGAGGAUGACGAAGAGGACCGAAACCAAGAGCCACCCGCGCAAAGCAGCAAAGGAGCGUCUGCAUACUUUGACGACGAAGAUGAAGAAGCCGACGAGAAGACGCCGCCAAGCAAGGGGUCGCUUCCAGCAGCGGCUCACCCUGGAGCCUCAGCGGUCGCGGCCGACAACAACUUUGUCACGGAGGACUGGGACCAAGAUGACACGCCGGUCAAGGUGCCAAUCAAAGCCGAGCGCGCGACGGGUGGUGUCGCUGCCGACGCCAACUUUGCGCACGCCGACUGGGACGACUAGACGACCAACAACGUGACUCCAAAAUCCAAAGCAAUCUUGUUGUUCGUGUUGGCGAUUACACGGCCUCAAUGUCAAGCUUGCACAUGGGGCAGGUCUACAUGCGUCAUAGGACACCAUACAGUCGGUAUGACGGUACCUUGUUUUUGCGCAGCCACUCGUCAAUGCAAGCGACAUGGAAGAGGUGCUUGCACGGCA